UGUGACAAUUGCAACAUCAAUUUUUGUUUAAUGUAUACAAAUUACACAUUAUUGGGCGAUAGAAAUUUUCUAAAUUGAAAGAGUGUACAUGAAAAACACGUAUUUUACUACAAAGAAACUAUAAAAACCUGUACCACGUAACAAACAAAAUGGAUCACACGGUCGAACUGUGGAACAGUGAUCUGAACAUACCGACGACAUUGCGUCAACCCAACGCGAUAUCGAACAAUGCCGGCAACACCAGAAAGAACCAAUUGUCGGCGAACGCCAAGGAGUUCGUGCCGAGGAAUUAUAACGCACCGCCUGCCGUACAGUCGGCCCCGCUGGUUGUCCAGUCCGUCCAGAACAGGCUGAAGGUGCACAAACAGAAGCCUGAGCCGGAGCCACCUUGUUCAUCAGCUGAGAUGGACAUGCAGCGAUUGCAGCAGAUCGUCAACACGUUGACGGGCGAUCCGGGGCAGUUCGAUGACUUGCUCCAGAUAUUCAUGGAGACCCUUCAACCGUACUUGAAUGACCUAAUGAUAUUGCACGACUGUGCCAGGUUGCUUUUCAAUCAGGCAGUUAACUAUCCAAACUUCCGUUACUCGGGCGCACGUCUGUGCUCCUUUGUCCAAGAGUACUGCCCUGAAUUCAGAGCGGGGCUCCACCUGCUCUGCACCAAAGAACUGGAGGACAAUCCGAACAAGCAGAACGUGCUGCUGUUCAUCGCCGAAAUCUACACCCAGCUCCAGGACCAAAGCAUUUACGGUACCUUGCUGGUGGAGUCCUUCCGCAAGCUAUUAAAGGGACAGGAUAAUGUUAAGUGUAUCUGUCAGGCGUUGAAGCUGACUGGGUACUCCUUGGAGAAAGACAAUAAGGCUGCGGUCGACGAGUUGUUCGUAGAGCUAGAAAGCAUUAAGGCGACACUGAGUGGCUCGGCACUGUCACUGCUUGAGGCGGUCAUCAAUUUGAGACAGAACAAUUGGGGCCACAUCCCCCAAACCGACACCAGCACCACUAGCGGUUCCGAGGAUGAUUUGGAUGCGUAUUAUUCGGAACCACAGAACGCAGUCUUCUAUGAUGCCAAUGGGGAACAAUAUUCUUCAGAAGAAAGCGAGUUUUUGGCCGCCCAUAUGAAUUCAAACGAAGAAUUUAUAUUCGAUGAUGGGGAGGAUCCGGACGAGUUGUGCGACCCAGAACCGGAAAUGACGGAAGAAAUUCAAGCUGCUUUCAAAGAAUUUGUCAAAUUGAGUAAACGUUAGUCUUAAAAGUCACUGUUAUCUUUUUGUAUAUACUGUAAAUUCAUAUUUUUUUCUAGUUUUUCAUGUUAAAUUAUUGACUAUAUUACGUAAGUUUUUAAUAAAGGCUUAGACUUUUUG